CUGACUAAAUGUACAUAAAGAAGUAAAGUAAGUCGGUGUGUUGAGCAUGGUGGGCGCACAGUGCAAGCUCCGCCCGUUAGCCGUGCGCCUCCUCAGCCCUCAUUCAAAACAGAACACAGCUGUUGCGAGGCGCAUCGUCGAGCCCUGAGCGUUAGCCUGAAAACUGUUAGCUGUCUGCUGCGGUCUUCUGUUGUUGUCUGAUGUGCCCACUGGAAUACCACAAGAAGGAAAAAGAAAACGGCGCACUACGAUCUCCCAGCUGAAACUUUGGGGGGAGUUAUGAGCUAUACAAUCGGACCAUCUCCUCUUGAGGCAGCAGGAACCAGCCUCAGAGAAAGACAGGACUUGAUAGACAAAGACCGCAAUACAGAACAACAGGCUAACCUCACAUCCAGCAAUAUGCCCAUCUGACACACACCUGAGGGCCGGUCGGGCUUUGAUGCUGCUGACGAUGAUGAAUGGUCUCCUGCACUAGAGCUAGAUGGUGUGGGAAUGAUGGACCUCCAUAAUGGUCAAUCAAGCAUCAUCACCACCACCGCUGCAAUAGUCUCUGAGAAGAGCAGCAGCUCAGAAUCUCUCAGUGAUAAGGGUUCUUCAGACCUGAAGAAGAGUUUUGAUGCUGUUGUGUUUGAUGUGCUGAAGGUCACCCCUGAAGAAUAUGCAGGCCAGAUUACGCUCAUGGAUGCUCCCGUGUUCAAAGCCAUCCAGCCAGAGGAGCUGUCAAGCUGCGGUUGGAACAAGAAGGAGAAGCACAGCUCUGCUCCAAACGUUGUGGCCUUUACUCGGAGGUUCAACCAGACAAGUUUCUGGGUGGUUCGAGAGAUCCUCCAUGCACAGACGUUGAAGAUCAGAGCGGAGGUGCUGAGUCUGUACAUUCGCACUGCCAAGAAACUGUGUGACAUGAACAACCUCCAUGCGGUCAUGGCUGUGGUGUCAGCGUUACAAAGUGCUCCCAUCUUCAGACUUAGCAAAACAUGGGCGUUGUUGAGUCGGAAGGACAAGGCAACGUUUGAUCGGCUUGACUACCUGAUGUCCAAAGAAGACAACUAUAAACGUCUGAGGGACUUCAUAAGCAGCCAGAGCAUGGUCUCGUGCAUACCAUACCUAGGUAACAGACACAAACAUACACACAACUCGCAGACCGCCACAAGGCUUGAUCUUUCAAGGAUGCAUGAAGAUGACUUACUAUCAGCUUCUUAUCUUUAUGGGCUGUUUACAGGCCAAAGGUUAAUCUAAGGUCAAAUCGACUGA